GUUGACAAUGAUAAAUAACGAUUAUAAUAAUAGAACAUGAGAAAUUCGAAAGGCUUAUUCAAAAGGCUUAGUUCAAAGGAUUACUUCAAAAAGUAUUUCUAUUUAAGGGUUAGUUCUUUUGUUUGUAAUUGUAUAUUCAUUUUUUAUUUUCAUUCUAAUAAUAAAUUGAGACACCGGGAUAAUAAAAGACGGUAGAUCCGUAGAUAGAACAUGUGAAUUAAGUGAGAGAGAAUUAGCAAAACGUAUGUUAUCGUUAUAUUAUCUGCAAAACUAUUAGAUUUAGAUUACGAUUUGUAAUCAUUUUACUUUUUUAAAUGAAUAAAGUAGUUACAGUUUUACCAAAAAAAUAUAUUCAGUAUGUUAGAAAAAAAUUCUAAAAUUAGUUUGGGCUGUGAUCAGAAAAUCUGGUGAUUCCAUCUUUCAAAAGUUGCCAUGAAGGAUAAAGACGUAAUUACAAUCUAUUUGUCACUCUAAUACAUUAAAUAUAAAUAAUUAUAUUCAAUUAAAAAAGUGAUAAUUAAUGUAGUGAACAUACAUAUGCAU